UAACGUACACACAGAGUUUUAAAGUCCUUCUUCUUUCCCGAUCCUAUCAGCUGAUCCUGACACAUCCUCAAUUAUUUGCACCAUUCCGGUUCCACCGUUUACCCUUCACACUCUCGUCACGUCUGUCCGUGGAAAAUAUCGCCCUCAGCUUGCGCUAGUGAAAAAUUCACGCCCUGUGUCUGCAACCAUCAAAUAGCAUUGAGGGCAGAAAAUAGAAACCGUGUGAUGAGCCUUCAUACUAAUCAGUGAAACAGUUUUUUUUUUCGAUAUUUGGUCUUUGGUUAAACAUUUGCGGCCUGGUUAUGAAAUUGUACAGUUAUCUUUUGAAGCGUGAAAUUUAUCAGAUUUUGUACGUGCAGGAUGUUUGGAAUGUUUGUGUUUCGUUCUCACUUGCUUUAUAGUUUUUCUCGAUAUGAAGAUUUCCUGGCCCUCGUUACCAAGGCCUUUGAUCCGAAGAUUCUGUUCCUCACGGUCAUUCCACUGGUGGCGGGACUUAGCACUCGAAUCUACUCCAGACUGCUGCUGAGUGUACUGCUAACAGAGUAUUUCAAUACUCUGUUGAAAUGGAUCCUCGCCGAAGACCGCCCAUUUUGGUGGGUGCGAGAAACUAAGGAGUUCACCACACUCAACCGUCCAAAGUUGUAUCAGAAUGAGCUAACGUGCGAGCCAAGUCCGGGAAAUCCGUCCGGUCACUUGAUGACUUCGACAACCUAUUUGUAUGUGAUAUUUUCUGUGCUGGAAGAAGCGGGACUACAAUAUGGAAAAUCGGUCGUUAUUGCCCUUCGCAUCUGCUACUAUCUGUCGUUGCUUUUAAUUUCCAUUUCGCGUAUGUAUUUCGGGUGCCAUUUUUUGCACCAAUGCAUUAUUGGAAUUUUAUUGGGAGUAGCGAUGACCAAGCUGACCAUGUCGCUAAGUUUUGAGAAAUAUUUGACUAAAAUGACCAGAAAAAGGAGACUGGCAUACUGUAGCCUAAUCUGCAUGGUGCUGCUGCUGGUCUACUGGGGUCAGAAGCUGUUCGGAAUCGACCCUCAAUGGUCGGUAAAAAUGGCCUUCAAGUGGUGCGAUGAUCCAUUUUAUUUGGAUCCAAGCACUACUUUGGUUUUCAGUAUUAUACGCCUCACCGGAUCGUUGGUUGCCUUCGCCAUUGUCGGGCCUGUUUUGAAAUCAGCGCCACUCGACUGGAAACGGAGUAUCCCGCUAACGCUGAUAAUGAUGACUAUCAAAUGGAUAGCUAUUAACUACACGCCGCGUUAUUAUGGAGUAAUAAUUUACUAUCUCUAUACGUUUUCAAUCCAUCUGCUUUUUACCUACUGUUACAUGCGCCUUGUGCCGGCAAUAGCCAGCGUCGUAGUUGAUCCGAGAGUACAACGCAACAGCAGGCCUAAAAUCAAUUAAACUGCUAACUACUGGCAGCUAAACUUUAAGCAUAGUUUAUUGUUAUAGCGACUUUGAUAAUGCUUUUUCUUCAUGCACAUAUCACGCGCAUAAUUUAGCAUCUGCUCACGCUGUUACUGAGGUAAGAAAAUUUCCUAACAAUACUAUUCUAAAUAAAACGA